CCACAGCCUCACUUUGCAUAAUGGCUGCUCACUCUAUAGUUAAUGUGUACUGAGAUUGAGGUUAAAACACAUAUAAACAACACAUAUGUUGAGUUGUUACCUUGGAAACUAACGAGGAAGCAGCUAACUGCUAGUGAAUCACAUUGUAUGGAGGGAAAAGUAACGAGUAAUUUGUAAUUGGGCUUAGGGAGGGAGUAAUGGAUUACAUGUAACGGAGUUAUGUGAUCAGGAUACUCAAAAGAGAAGAGCAAGCAAUUACAGUUACAGAAAAAAUACGUUAUGAGACAGUUACAGUUAGUAAAAAUGAGGAUUAUUUGCAGGAUUACAACUGUAACCAUCAGGCUUGAGGAGUAAUGGAUUACAUGUAACUAACAUGUUAUCAGUAUACAAUUUUUUUUUUCUGUUUCCCUUUUUUUUUUUUAAGGUUACAUUUUUCUGCUGUCUUAUAGAAUACACUUACAUCAAUACUUCUUAUUAGGGAUGCACAAUAGUUAUUGGCACAUACUAGCGUCUGAUAAUGGGAAAUUAUUAUGAAGUAAACAGCCAAUAAAUUACCAGUCCAUAAUAAUAAUAAUUAUUUUUAUAUUAUGCAAAAUGAUUGAUAGCCUUUAUGUUCUAUGAAAGCCAAAUGAAAAAAUACAUGAGCACUGUGAUAUCAGUUAGAUUUUAUUAGAACUGAACUAAGAAGAAAGAAGAUAUACUUUAUUAAUAAAGAAAUUAAGGAAUUUUAUACACACACACACACCGGCUGAAAUACACACUUCAUGCACUUGUGGACAUGCAACAGGGAGAGAGAUGGUGAAGUGAUGGGGCUGCGCGUUAGUACCUUAACCCUUCACUUUUCAACCAAAUGUAUUACAGAUUGUAUUAGCGUGUCAGCAAAGUCUGAAUGCCUUUUAUUAAUUGUCUCUGUUAGGCUUAUGCAACAGUUAUGUAUUUUCAAGCUUUUGGUUUGUAGGUUAGUGAUUAUCAUUCACUUCAAUACAAGUAUUAAACUGCAGGGAAUCUGUCCUGUUUCGGGCUAAUAUUUCAGUGUGAAACUGUCCUGUUACAUUAUCCAUUCGACACAGUUCCCAGAUCAGAUAGAAACUCGUCAUUUCAAGAUUAUUAACAAUAUCAAAAUAAUAAAUCUGUGUACCAUAUCAAGAUUUUCUAUUUGAGUUACUUUUAUUUAUUUAUUUAUUUGCUUUUUUCUAUCCAAUUUACGUAUUUGGUACUCAAAAUGUGGGCAUCAAAGCCGAUGUAGUCUGCUCGCCAGGGCAUUCAGAGGAUGAAAAUUACCCCAGUGCCAAAACAUAGACAGAUUUCUAUUUUAACUCUGUCAUCUUGUACACAAAAUGACACAAUGACUGUAAUUUCAAAACACAAAGACUGUAGUCAGCUGCAAUUUACUGUCAUUUGAGAAAACAGUGAUAAAAAAAACCAACAUUUUUUUUCUUCUGUCAUCCUCACACCAGGUGCCUCACCCAGAAUGAGGCACCUCUCCCUGAAGGUGACGUUGUAGAGGAAUCAAAGACGACGUCCUUACCCUUUUGGCUAAUAAGGCUCAAAGGACUGGUCACAUUAGCUGCAAAGUUCAAGCCUGUUUCUCUCUGUGACACUGAUGACUUGUCACCAAAGAGACAUUAGCCUGCCAGUUCAUAUGAAGCAUUUUUUAAUUAAAGGCCUAAAAAAGUCUUUUUGUUUUUAUGACAAAAUUACACUUUGUCUCUGCACCAUAUGAUAACCAUAACGACUGUCUUUAUUUCCACCCGCUGUUAUCAGUGUAAAGAUAGCAUCAUGUUUGCAUCCCUCUCCUCAUUUUCUAUGGGGACGCCAGUUGGACGAAUGAGUGUCUCAACUCCACUCAGUGGACAUCCUGCUCUUAAUGUCUUCCUGUGAAAGAUAAAGGGAUGCAUGCACCGUCCUGUAGAACAGAGAGAUAUGAGAUCAGUACACUAGAUACUAGCAUCAUUACUUCAUAGCUUGAGAGUUGUUAAACCACAGGAUCCUUAUUAAAAAAAGUCACCUGUCCUUCACUGUGGGUGCACAAUAUGCUACUGAACUGAUGUGUCUGUUUGGGACUUUCUAAACUUCUUCUGAGGGUUGUUUGUUUCCACCAUAGAAUGAGAAAUUUACUUAAGGAAUUGAUGUCGAAUAACACUGAUGUAAGCACUGUGUGCUCUCAUUGAGUGGACUCUGGCGACGCUAUUAUCUCUCAGGGACUCCUUUCAAAAGGAGAUAAUUGCUCUCACUGCCAGUGGAGAAAAUCAAGACGUGUCCGCGUGCUACACAGUUAACAUCUGCUCAGCAAUGGAUUCAUUUGUGCUUACUAAAGCGGGAUAUGGUCCUGUGCUGUCUCAGGAAGAUAAAAACACAGUGUAGAGAUAGCCAUGUGUUCUAUAUGGAAUGGAGGCAAUAAAUGUGGAUUUUAAUGACAGAUCUCAGGCUCUUUAUGGUCUGGUUUAGUGCAUGAAUAGGCGCCACAAAUUGGAAUUCCCUCCUGAAAUAGAUGGGAACUUCAUGCAGGAUAUGAAACUGAAAUAACUUGCAGCAUGGAGCUACAGCAGACAGCCUAUUUUCUGGCUGCUGUGCUGUGAACCCAAUUAGCAUGACACUGAGCAAAAAACCCAGCAGAUGCCAGUGAAAACCUCAGUGAGGCUCCAUGAAGCAGGCCUCUGUGUAGCUGCACUGAUACACACAAAUCAUCUGUACUGUCUCCCUCUUACUCAGUCUGUGUGUUGGACUUAGUUAAUGAUGAAGGCUUGCUGGAUCACUCAGCGACAAAGUGUGCUUGAUAAAGGUCAGCACCGCCACCUGCUAAUGCUUCAUCGCUCAGUGUAAUACUUUAGCCGAGCGUAUUGUGAAUACUCCGCACAUGAACGCUUCACAGGGCAAAAUAAUCAAGAGAGUAGAGUCUGGAAAAGCCAGCUGUUUCUGAUGUGCUCCUUGGUGGCAGCCACAGACACAACACACACACACAGACACUCGUGUAUCUCAAACCUCUCCAAACACUGGAUCAGUGAUUAACAGCUAGGAGGAGUCGGUCUAAAGAAAGUUUGCAGCUUAAAUAAUUCACAAAAUAAAGUGAGGAAAUAACACAUUUUAUUUUGCUGCAGUGGCAGCCUUGUAAACUAAAAAAAUCCAGUUUGGAGUGAAGUGCCAGUAAAAUCUUUCUAAGCUCCGAUAUCCAGCCUGCACUGUUUUAGUUUUGCUUACUGAAAUUCAUUAUUUACAUUUUUCUGCCCUAUCCUCUCCAACUCUCCAUGAAUACUGACGAUCUUCGUGUUGUGAGUACCAAGACAGAAUACCAAGAAUAUGAUAUCAACGCUGCACGUGCAUGCACACACAAAUACUGCGUAUCAUGAAUUACAUCGAGGGGGAAAUGUUCAUUAUUUAUAUUCAUUAUUAAUUUAUGUUAAGUUUAUUAUAUAUAGUUAUAUAUUUUUUAUAUAAACAUAAUUUUUUUAAAUAAAUCAAAUCUAUUGGUUUGGAUGCUUUAUAGGCCACAUUGUCCAUCCAGCACUCAUGGUAAUGAAGCUUUAAGAUCCUGUAAAGACAUUAUAAAACAUAUAGGCCUACUCUGGUUUGGAUCAUAGUGUGUGUCUGCAGGGGCAGAUCUUAAGAAAUAUUCAUGGGGGGGCAGAGGGUGGCAUGGGGACUUAAAGGGUUGGCAGAAAUAACAGUCAAUGCAAACUAUCACAUAUAUUAUGUGAUUGUUUGUCUUUUUUCAUUGAUUUGCGUAUCAAUUAGUCCUAAAUGUGGCCAUAAUAGAUAAUUAUAUUAUAUGUUGCAGUUUUUAACAUGUUAUUUUCAAAAUGUUUUUCAAUUUACAUGUUCAAUUUGACACUAAACUGGAGUGGCAAACCUAGUGCGUUUUCGGAAUUGACCGGAAUCUUCAGGUUUCCCCAUCACACUUGUGUAAGUUGUAUAUUAGACCACGGUCUGCAGUUGUGAAAUCUUGCUUACAGGUCUUAAAAAAUUAGAUUUAAGGUGAUUACAGGGAAACUUUCCCUCUUCAUCAGAUAAUUGUGAAAGAUGCCUUCUGGAGUCACUCUGCACAAGAAGCAACAACUAAACAGGUUUUGAGUGGAGAGGGACUUUAAUGAGUGGACAGAGUGAGUGCAGGUGUGAGUGAGCCUACUUUUAAGGGUAAAUGAGGCCAUGUGAGCACCUUAACAUCCUGUGGAAAGUCAAGGUGCUGCCAGCUGCUGAGCUCAGGUAACUGCAGACAGGCGGGUUUGGUGCCAUUUUUCACCUGAUGACACGCAACAGGCUACAAUUUCAACACGCAACCUAUAGUCUUAUGCUGUAAUCCUAGCAGGCCAAAGGGGCCUCAGCACAUCAAGAUGAAUGGAGUCCAUGCUCCCUUAGUCCUCUGUGCGUCUGUCCCUCUGAGCAGCAGUAGCAGCACCCUGCCUCCCUCCGCUCCGCUCCGCGCGCAAUCCGGAGUUGAGAAUGAAGACGCAGAACAUCAGGACCCUCUGCCUCAUCCUCUCCAUCGUUUUCUACCUGCUCAUAGGAGCCGCUGUCUUUGACGCACUCGAGUCGGACAGUGAGAGUUCAAAGAAAAAGGCGCUGGAGCAGAAGCUGAACGAGCUGAAGAAAAAGUACGGAUUCACCGAGGAUGACUACAGAGAGAUCGAGAGAGUGGUCCUCCAGUCGGAGCCGCACCGCACCGGGAGGCAGUGGAAGUUCGCCGGCUCUUUUUAUUUUGCCAUCACUGUUAUCACCACAAUUGGUUAUGGCCAUGCUGCUCCACGCACUGAUGCUGGCAAGACCUUCUGUAUGUUUUACGCUGUCUUGGGCAUUCCUCUGACACUGGUCAUGUUCCAGAGCCUGGGCGAGAGGAUCAACACUUUUGUCCGCUACCUACUACGGAGAGCCAAGCAAGGGCUGGGCUUACGGAAGACCGAAGUGUCCAUGGGGAACAUGGUCCUAGUGGGUCUUCUGUCAUGCAUGAGCACCCUGUGUAUCGGAGCUGCAGCCUUUUCCCACUUUGAGGACUGGACUUUCUUCAAUGCCUACUACUACUGCUUCAUCACGCUCACCACCAUUGGAUUUGGGGAUUAUGUGGCCCUGCAAAAGAAAGACACUCUCCAGAAGCGACCCCCCUAUGUGGUAUUUAGCUUCAUGUACAUUCUCGUUGGGCUGACAGUCAUUGGGGCAUUUCUUAACCUAGUGGUUCUGAGGUUUCUCACUGUGAGUGCUGAUGAGCCUGAUAUGAGGCCUGAGGCAGGGGGAGAGGAGCUGGGGGCGCAGCCUAAAGACACGCAGGGGGAUAGGGAGGUGUCGGAGGCUGAAGCAGAAACUGCUGAUGUAAGAUAUAAAGACAGCGAAGACGGACAGAGCAACCUAUGCAACCUGAGCCUUCCCAUGGAGGCAGGCACCAGCUGUAUGAAUCUUCUCCCCUCUCCCGCAGAGGAGCGUAGGCAUGUUUUAUCUGAGCACUCUAAGCUCCCUGAACCCAGCAGACUCAGGGCCCUGUUCUCCUGCAUGUGCUGUGGCCUGAACAUUUAUGACGGUCCCUCUCCGCCUCACCGUGAUGAAGUGGGCGGUCACAGCAACCCCGUCUUUUACAACUCCAUCUCCUACAGGGUGGACCAGGCCUCGUGCAGCUCCUGCACCGUGUCGUCACAGGCCUCCCCCAGCAGCGCGGCUCUCUGUCUGGGCAAGAACAAUACUCACACCAGGAGGAAGUCAUUAUAACUCAGAAUUUUUGACUUAUGUCUAAGUGGCCUUUGUUUUGAACCUUUUGAAUACCCUACAGAAAACACUCUAAUUUUCUGCUUGUUUGAACAAAUUACCCUUUGCUCUCCAUGUCUAUGAAUGUAGCAUUACUUCAUAUAAAAUGUAGCAUGUCAUACAAAUCCUUUACAGUUCACAAUGUAUUUUUCUACAUUAAAUAUUACUGCUAAAGAAAAAUGUGUAAAAAUGAAAAAGUAUGGAAUAUAUAUAAACCCAUCUUUUCCACCA